AUGUUCAGUUUCCUCCCCUGCUUCAAAACUCGCCGACAACGCACCAAAUCCCAAACUCAAUCCCAAAAGCAAAUAGAGGAAAAAGCCAACGCCAUAGAAUCCCUCCCCUCAUGGCACUCCCCCACGGAAAACACCCUCCUAUUUCAAGCCUUCGAAUGGCACGUCCCCGCAACCCCCAACACCGCGGACAAGCGCAGCCACUGGCGCCGGCUCCAGCAUGCCUUACCAGCUAUCCACUCCCUCGGUGUAACCAGCAUCUGGAUACCGCCUGGAUGCAAGGGCAUGGACACAAAUGGAAAUGGGUAUGAUAUCUACGAUUUAUAUGAUCUAGGCGAAUUCGACCAGAAAGGAGCAGUGCGAACGAAAUGGGGCACGCGCGGAGAAUUAGAGGAUCUUGUUCGAGAUGCAAAUGCUCUGGGCGUAGGUGUAUUAUGGGAUGCGGUGUUGAAUCAUAAGGCUGGGGCGGAUAGCGUGGAGAGGUUCGAGGGACGAGAUAUCGAAGAUGGUAAUCCCCAACAAAUCUCCGGCUGGACGUCCUUCACCUUCCCCGGCCGCGGCACCACAUACAGCCCCCUUCAAUACCACUGGCAGCACUUCAGCGGCGUCGACUGGGACGACGCCCAACAACGCAAAGCAAUCUACAAGAUCCUCGACCCUUCCCGCCCCGACAAGAACUGGGCCCAGGACGUCGGCACAGACGAGAACGGCAACUAUGACUACCUGAUGUUCGCGGACCUGGACUUCUCACACCCGGAGGUCCGGGAGGAUGUACUGCGCUGGGGGAAGUGGAUUAUGUCUGUGUUGCCGUUGAGCGGAAUGCGGUUAGAUGCGGCGAAGCAUUUCUCGACGGCAUUUCAGAGGGACUUUAUUGAUUGUGUGCGGCAGGAGGCCGGGGACAGGAAGGUAUCUGGAGGAGAUGGAGUAUCGGGUGGCGGCGGUGGAUGUGCCGCUGGUAGAGAGGUUCUCGAGGUUGUCGAGGGUGAAGAGGGCGGAUUUGAGGGGAGUGUUGAGGGGGACGUUGGUGGAGAGCAGGCCGGGGAAUGCGUUGGUGAGUUUAUCCCAGUGAUCCAAUUCGGGGGUGGUGAGGCUGAUCAACCGGGACAAAUGCUCGAGACCAUCGUCGAGCCCUCCUUCAAACCCCUAGCCUACGCCCUAAUCCUCCUCCGCCAAGGAGGCCAUCCAUGUGUCUUCUACGGCGACCUCUACGGCACCUGCGACGGCGACCACCCGCCAACUCCCGCCUGCGAGGGCCAACUUCCGAAUCUGAUGCGUGCCCGCAAGCUGUACGCCUACGGUGAGCAGGAGGACUACUUCGACCAGCCCAACUGUAUUGGAUUCAUCCGCUACGGCAACGCCGCCCACCCCUCCGGACUGGCCUGCGUCAUGAGCAACGGCGGACCAGCCACGAAGCGCAUGUACGUGGGUCGGAAACAUGCCGGCGAGAAGUGGACGGAUCUGCUGCAGCGAGGCGGUGAUCACCCGUCUGUCACGGUGAUUGAUGAAAUGGGGUACGGGGAGUUUCCGGUUCAGAGUAUGAGGGUGAGUGUCUGGGUGGAUAGUGCGGCAGAUGGCCGAGAGGGUGUCGGGGCAGAAUUUGACGUCGAUAUCUACGGCAUUCAGGCACUAUAA